AUGGGGGAAGCUUUUGUGAGGGAGCUCCUCGGUCUGUGUUUGCAGCGGAUUGCUUUGGAUGAGAACAUCAACUCUGAACUCGAGCUGUUCAUAGAGGUCAUGCGACACUUUGAGACGGUCAGGAAGAAAUGGCUCCAUGCAGAACUGGAGCUGAAGAAAUACAAAGAGCUCCUGGUCAAGUCGGACGUGUCUCGUGCCGCUCUGGAGGUCAAACUCAAGCACGCUCGCAACCAGGUCGACGUGGAGAUCAAGAAGCGCUACAAAGCAGAGGCCGACUAUCAGUACCUGGAGCGUCAGAUGCUGCUGAUGAGUGAUAUACUCGUCCAUGACAGCAAAUCAGGCGCCUGCCUUAAUGAUGAGCAGAGAUCCAUGCUGGCCAACUUCAAUCACAGAGGAGCCAAUAUCGCCCAGCGCAAGAGCAAACGGUUAUCGGUCAUUGAUGAGUCCUCGUUCCUGUCUCACUCAGACAUCAGCUACGACCGAACUGAUGAUGACCUGGACUUGGACAGCACAGCGGUGGUGAAGCCUCUGAAGUCGAGAGCUCGUGAGAAAAGACGCUCCUCCAUGGGGCCCAACGUUGGAGUUCAGAUGCAGAAGCGUGGACGACUCGGCGGCCGCUCUGGAGACCUCCUCGCGGGACGGCAAAUGGAAAAGGAAACUGAGUCGACAGUUGUCACAGCAUCCGUCACUACGCCGGACAACGGCGGUCAGAUCCACAUGGUGAUCGACAUCACCCAGGAGACUCCAGAGCCACCGGCCAGGAGCAGAACCGAUCUCCUGCCGUCCAUCAGCGGUAAAUCACAGUCCCACCCUGAUCUGUCAGCGCGAAUGGUCCAGCGCUCAGAGACGGUGUGCGUUACGGAGCAGACGUCAGUGUGGGCUCCCAACGAUGUGACCGAGGCUGAGACCGUUAUUGAGGUGGAAGUGACCCCUCCAGAGUCCAGACUCACUCCAGAUCUCACUCCUAUUGUGGACAAAACGCUACAGCACGUAUUCCUGCCCAAAACUGUCAUCCGCCCUGAGACGUGCAUUCCCUGCGGGAAGAGAAUCCGUUUUGGGAAGGUGGCGGUGAAAUGCCGUGACUGCCGUGUGGUGGCCCAUCCCGAGUGUAAACACAUGUGUCUGGAGAGGUGUUCCCCCAAUGCACACGGCAACUCUCAUCCCAGUGAGGAGACCUUGGACAGCUUUGCUCCAUCCACAAGGCCCAGAGUUCCAGCCCUGAUCGUCGAGUGUGUUAAAGAGAUCGAGAGAAGAGGUCUGGACGAGAAGGGUCUGUACCGCGUGCCGGGUGGAGAGCGGACGGUGAAGGAGCUCCGGGAACGCUACAUUAGCGGCAAAGGGUCGCUGAUGCUCCGCAAAGUGGACGAGGUCCACGUCGUCUGCGGCCUUCUCAAAGACUUCCUGAGGAAACUCAAAGAGCCUCUCGUCACCUUCAAACUCCACAGAACCUUCAUGGACGCUGCUGAAACGGCGGACGAUGACAACAGCUCGGCGAUGAUGUUUCAGGCUAUCGGAGAGCUGCCCCAGGCCAACCGGGAGACGCUGGCCUUCCUCAUGCUGCAUCUACAGAGGGUUAUGCACAGUCCUCGGUGUCAGAUGGAUCGGAAUAAUUUGGCCUGUGUGUUUGGACCCACUAUUAUCGGACACGGCAUGCCAGAGCCGUCACCGCUGACCAUCAUGAGGGACACCAACACGCAGCCCAAAGUGGUCUCCCGGCUGCUCUCGUUCCCUUCAGAUUACUGGAAAAGCUUCCUGACUGUGGAGAGUGACCAGGUCAUUUCAUCUGUGGUGGACGCCAACAUCAGCAGAGCUGCUGCGAGCUCAGACCGAGACCGGAUGUUCAAGCCCGUGACCUCUCCUGAACUCAGUAAAUACACCCGCACGCCGGGCAACGCCUCCAUCAAGGGCAAGAUCAGAAACCUGGGCAGCGCCUUCAACAACCCAGGCAAACCCAGAACUGAACUAGGAAAGAAGAAGUUCUUCACUUCGCCGAAGUGA